UUUUAACUUAAUUGUUUAGUUCCCUCUUUCCCUAACACCAAGAAUUUUGAGCCAUGUGUAAUCCAACACCAUCUUCCCCUUCCAAUUUUGUCAUUUCCAAGAACACCCAUUUCAACAAUCAUCAUAACAAUGACCCCCCAAAAUCUACUGAUCAUGAUGAUCAACUUCAUUCAUGGCCAACCCCUUCCGAGGCAUUGGAAGAAAUCAAAGCCAUUGGGAAGAUUUCAGGACCCACAGCCAUGACUGGUUUACUACUAUACUCAAGAGCUAUGAUCUCCAUGCUGUUUCUUGGCUAUCUUGGUGAGCUUGAGCUCGCCGGAGGUUCACUCUCCAUUGGUUUCGCGAACAUCACUGGUUACUCCGUCAUCUCAGGGCUAGCCAUGGGUAUGGAGCCCAUUUGUGGUCAAGCAUAUGGUGCGAAACAGAUGAAACUCUUGGGAAUAACGCUACAAAGAACAGUGCUUCUACUUCUGUCAACUUCUCUCCCAAUCUCUUUCCUGUGGUUCAACAUGAAGAAUAUCUUGUUAUGGUGUGGACAAGAUGAAGAGAUUUCAUCUGCAGCUCACACUUUCAUCAUCUUCGCAAUUCCGGACCUUUUCUUACUCUCUCUUCUUCACCCUCUUCGUGUUUAUCUCCGAGCUCAGAACAUCAUUCUACCAUUAACGUACUGUUCAGCUGUUUCAGUCCUUGUGCAUGUCCCACUCAACUUCCUUCUCGUUGGGUAUUUCAAGAUGGGGAUUUCUGGGGUGGCGAUCGCGAUGGUUCUCACAAAUCUCAACUUGUUGUUCCUUUUGAUCACGUUUGUUUACUUCUCCGGUGUUUACAGGGACUCAUGGGUGGCACCAAGUUCCGACUGCCUUCGUGGGUGGUCUUCUUUGUUAGCUUUAGCGAUUCCAACAUGUGUUUCCGUUUGUCUCGAAUGGUGGUGGUAUGAACUAAUGAUAAUGAUGUGUGGAUUACUCGUAAACCCUAAAGCAACCGUUGCUUCAAUGGGGAUUCUCAUCCAAACUACAUCCUUGGUUUACGUUUUCCCAUCGGCAUUGAGCCUUGGUGUGUCAACUAGAGUUGGAAACGAGCUUGGGGCAAACCGACCCGCUAAGGCACGGAUUUCGAUGAUUGUUUCACUUUUCUGCGCUAUGGUUUUAGGACUUAUGGCAAUGGCGUUCACGACACUGAUGAGGCACAAAUGGGGUCGGUUUUUCACUAACGAUUCAGAGAUUCUUGAACUAACUUCGAUCGCAUUACCAAUAAUCGGACUAUGUGAGCUUGGAAACUGCCCUCAAACAACUGGUUGUGGGGUGUUGAGAGGAAGUGCAAGGCCCACCAUUGGAGCGAACAUAAAUUUGGGAUCAUUUUACUUGGUGGGAAUGCCGGUGGCGAUCAUCAUGGGAUUCGUUUUGAAAAUGGGGUUCCCCGGACUUUGGUUAGGGUUGCUUGCAGCUCAGGGAACAUGUGCCUUGCUCAUGCUUUAUGUUCUUUGUAAAACAGAUUGGAUUCUUCAAGUGGAAAGAGCUAAAGAGUUAACAAAAUCACCAUCAUCUUCAUCUUCUAAACCUUCAAGAACUGCUAAUCCGGUGUUACCAGUAUCAAACAAGAAUCAGCCCAAGAACUCCAUGGAAGCUAAUCUUGAAGAAAUCAUGGUAUCUGAAACGAUGAAGAAGCAGGAUUCUCGUUCGCUUGAAACAGAUCCACUCAUUAUGCAUUAAUGACUCGACUUCAUUUUCUUAUUCUUUUUCUCCAUCAUCUGAUGAUUGUACUUGACACCAUUUAGCCAGUAGAUGUUCUUAAUAGUCUGCAAAUCUUUUUCUCUCUCUUAGCCGUGGCUGUAUAUUGUUCUUGAUUCUGAUGCUUUUUUUGCCCUAAAAAGAUCAUGC